AUGCAAUCACUCGCCGGAAAAGUAGCCCUCGUGACAGGUGGAAGCAAAGGGAUUGGUCGAGCAAUCUGUUUUCGCCUUGCAAGCCAAGGAGCAAAAGUAGUCAUAAACUACAGUAACGACUCUUCCGCAGCGAAUAAGGUUGCGUCACUUAUAGGGGAGGAAAACGCUACUGUCAUCAAAGCUGAUGCUGGAAAUGUUGAAGAGAUCUCGAAAUUAGUUGAUACUACAAUUGCAAAAUAUGGAAAGAUUGAUAUCUUAGUCGCAUGCACCGCGACUAUGAAAUUGAAUGAACUGGAUAAUGUCACCGUUACGGAGUUUGACCAGACUUUCAAUUUGAAUGUCAGGGGACCUCUAUUUCUUGCUCAGAAAUCCGUUCCUUAUAUGGCACCCGGCUCUCGUAUUAUUUUAUUUUCCACAACCCAAUGCCACGCUAGUACAGUAACACCAAAUUACCUUACAUACAUCAUGUCAAAAGGCGCCAUUGAGCAAAUGACACGAGGUCUUUCGAAAGAUCUCGCACGAAAAGGUAUUAUGGUCAAUACUGUAGCACCAGGACCAACAUCGACCGAACUUUUCCUCAAUGGGAAGAGCGACCAACUUUUGAAGACGAUUGCGGGCUUUAACCCGCAGAAUAGGAUUGGUCAACCAGAGGAGGUGGCAGAGGUUGUAGCAUUUUUGAGUAGUAGUGCUUGUUCAUGGAUGACGGGUCAGAUACUUAAAGUAAAUGGUGGUAUGGCAUAA